AUGUCAGACAUGGGUUCAACCGCCCCAGACACCAUCCGCACGGAUGUUCUUAUCGUUGGCGCCGGAUUUUCGGGCGUCUACGCUCUACACAUGAUCCGAAAGUUAGGCCUGUCUGUCAAGCUUAUCGAGAAAGGGAGCGGGUAUGGUGGUGUGUGGCACUGGAACCGCUACCCUGGGGCGAGAGUUGACUCUGAAAUGCCGACAUAUCAACCCAACAUCCCCGAAAUCCACGAGACAUGGAACUGGUCAUGCCGUGACCCGGAUCAUCAUGAGCUGAGGGCAUAUUUUGUUCACGUCGCGAGAGUCCUCGACCUAGAAAGGACACAACCUUCAAUACGCUUGUCCAAGGUGCUGCCUGGGAAGAUGGUGAAUGGAACAUCUUCACCCAGGAUGGUCCUAACUACGUCUGCAAAUUUCCGGGGACUUGAGCACUACACAGGUCUCUUGGUACACUCUGCCGAAUACCCAGGAGAUCUGGACUUGAAAGGGAAACGCGUUGCUGUGCUCGGCAAUGGCGCAAGUGGCGUCCAAUGCAUUCAAGAGAUUGCCAGGGAAGAUAGCCUGCUUACAGCCUUCAUACGCAACAUCAAUACCGCUUAUCCAAUCCAGGGCAGGGGAGUUCACAUCGCACAGCUCGCCACUGUGGGGGAGCCCACUCAGCUCAGCAACUAG